CUCCCGGCGGAGUCCACGCCUUCUCUUUGCGAGUCUUCUGCACUAGCCUGGUCUCAGCGAGCUCAAAAUUUCACGGUCCACUGUCGCUUCCGAGGGGCAGGAGCGGAGGCGCUUCGCGGGACCCGUGGCGGGAGGCGAGAACCGGAGGAGCGGGGGAGCAUGGACCAAACCCUGCUGCUCUGGCACCAUGACGCUCGCCCGCUUCGUGGUAGCUCUGGUUUUAGGGGCGCUCCCCGAAGUGGUCGGCUUUGAUCUAGUCCUCGGGUAUCCCCUCCACCACCGUUAUCGCCAUUCGCUCCCUCCGGGUCCCCCGCACCCUUACUACCUUCCCACCCAGCAGCGGCAACAGAGGACGCCUCCGUCGCCCUCUCUCCCGCGCGUCCCGCGCGUCCCGCGCCCCCCGCCCGCGCUCCAUGCCCAGCGCCUGCACGCCCUCCAUGCCGGGCGCACGCCCGGGCCACACCCCGGGGACUGCCCGGCCGGCGAGCCCUGGGUCAACGUGACGGACUUCGGCGCCCCGUGUCUGCUCUGGGCAGAGGUGCCACCCUUCCUCGAACGGUCGCCCCCGGCGAGCUGGGCUCAGCUGCGAGGGCAGCGCCACAACUUCUGCCGGAGCCCGGACGGCGCGGGCAGACCCUGGUGCUUCUAUGGGAACGCCCACGGCAAGGUGGACUGGGGCUACUGCGACUGCAGACACGGGUCAGUACGACUUCGAGGUGGCAAAAAUGAGUUUGAAGGCACAGUGGAAAUCUUUGCGAAUGGAGUUUGGGGCACAGUGUGUAGCAGCCACUGGGAUGAUUCCGAUGCAUCAGUCAUUUGUCACCAGCUGCAGCAGGGAGGAAAAGGAGUAGCAAAACAAACCCCGUUUUCUGGACUGGGCCUUAUUCCCAUUUAUUGGAGCAAUGUCCGUUGCCGAGGAGAUGAAGAAAAUAUACUGCUUUGUGAAAAAGACAUCUGGCAGGGUGGGGUGUGUCCUCAGAAGAUGGCAGCUGCUGUCACAUGUAGCUUUUCCCAUGGCCCAGCGUUUCCUGUCAUACGCCUCGUGGGUGGGAGCAGCAUCCGGGAAGGCCGAGUGGAGCUCUACCAUGCUGGUCAGUGGGGGACUGUCUGUGAUGACCAGUGGGAUGAAGCAGAUGCAGAAGUGAUCUGCAGGCAGCUGGGCCUGAGUGGCAUUGCCAAAGCAUGGAACCAGGCAUAUUUUGGGGAAGGCUCUGGUCCAAUAAUGUUGGAUGAGGUACGCUGUACUGGGAAUGAGCUUUCUAUUGAACAAUGUCCAAAGAGUUCCUGGGGAGAGCAUAACUGUGACCAUAAAGAAGAUGCUGGAGUGUCCUGUACCCCUCUGACAGAUGGGGUCAUCAGACUUGGAGGUGGUAAAGGCAGCCAUGAGGGUCGCCUGGAGGUGUAUUAUAGGGGACGGUGGGGGACUGUCUGCGAUGAUGGCUGGACUGAGCUGAAUACAUAUGUGGUUUGCCGACAACUGGGAUUUAAAUAUGGCAAACAAGCCUCUGCAAACCACUUUGAAGAAAGCACAGGGCCCAUAUGGUUGGAUGAUGUCAGCUGCUCCGGAAAGGAAACAAGUUUCACUCAGUGUUCCCGGAGGCAGUGGGGAAAGCAUGACUGCAGCCAUCGGGAAGAUGUUGGUAUCACCUGCUACCCUGGUGGCAAUGGACACAGACUAUCACUGGGUUUUCCUAUCAGACUGAUGGAUGGAGAAAAUAAGAAAGAAGGACGAGUGGAGGUUUUCAUCAAUGGCCAGUGGGGAACAAUUUGUGAUGAUGGGUGGACUGAUAAGGACGCAACUGUGAUUUGUCGCCAGCUUGGCUACAAGGGCCCUGCCAGAGCAAGAACCAUGGCUUACUUUGGGGAAGGGAAAGGCCCCAUCCAUGUGGAUAAUGUGAAGUGCACAGGAAAUGAGCGGUCCCUAGCUGACUGUAUCAAACAAGAUAUUGGAAGACAUAACUGCCGCCACAGUGAAGAUGCAGGGGUCAUUUGUGAUUAUUUUGGCAAGAAGGCAACAGGUAACAGUAAUAAAGAAUCCCUCUCAUCUGUUUGUGGUUUGAGAUUACUGCACCGUCGGCAGAAGCGGAUCAUUGGUGGGAAAAAUUCUUUAAGGGGUGGUUGGCCUUGGCAAGUGUCCCUCCGGCUUAAGUCAUCCCAUGGAGAUGGCAGGCUCCUUUGUGGGGCCACACUCUUGAGUAGCUGCUGGGUCCUUACAGCAGCACACUGCUUCAAGAGGUACGGUAACAGUACAAGGAGCUAUGCUGUUCGGGUUGGGGAUUAUCAUACUCUGGUGCCAGAAGAGUUUGAAGAAGAAAUUGGAGUUCAGCAGAUUGUGAUUCAUCGGGAGUAUCGACCUGACAGCAGUGACUACGACAUCGCCCUGGUUAGAUUAGAAGGACCAGAAGAGCAGUGUGUCAGAUUUAGCAGCCAUGUUUUGCCGGCCUGUUUGCCACUCCGGAGAGAGAGGCCACAGAAAACCGCCUCCAAUUGUUACAUAACAGGAUGGGGAGACACGGGACGAGCCUAUUCAAGAACUCUACAACAAGCAGCCAUCCCCUUACUUCCCAAGAGGUUUUGUGAAGAACGUUACAAGGGUCGGUUUACAGGAAGGAUGCUUUGCGCUGGAAAUCUACAUGAACACAAACGUGUUGACAGCUGCCAAGGAGACAGCGGAGGACCACUCAUGUGUGUUCGGUCAGGAGAGAGUUGGGUUGUGUAUGGGGUGACCUCCUGGGGGUAUGGCUGUGGAGUCAAGGAUUCACCUGGUGUCUAUACCAAAGUCUCAGCCUUUGUACCUUGGAUAAAAAGUGUCACCAAAUUGUAAUUCUUCACAUGGAAGCUUCAAGAGAAAAUACUGGAAAAUGUUCAACAUCCACAUUAGCACUCAGCCAGAGAUGCCAGCCAAAGGAGAUGAGAGCCAUGUUCCUUCUUUUGUGUUGUGAUUAAAUCAUGUGCACCAUUGCUGCUUGAGAAUUUGUGAUGUGAAUGUUGUUAGAUACCUCAGUGUAGUACUAAUUACCCUUAACUAGCAUUGUGGCCCACCCAAAAACUACUCUGGAGUCUUUAUUAGCAUUCUCCAGAGAUUACUGUGUAUCAAGAGUGCAGUAAGGCUGUUUUUACAUUCAUUUGGAUUUAGAGCUUAUAACUCAAUCAAUACUGUUUAUACUAGAAUCAAGGAGUGGCAUUGUUUAAUUAAGCUCAGAUUUUCUUCAGAAGGCUAAGACACCUUCACACAUUGAAAUCUCUGUAGCCUUUAACAACUGAGGAAAUCAACGGCCAAAAAAGUGAAGGAAUUCCAUUAUAAACCUAGACUAGGCUCAAUGAUCAUACAUUCCUGAAUGAAGCCUUUGUACUAUGCAUUAUGGCAACACAUACUACCCAGAAAUAUUUGGAAGAAUUCCUGAUGAAUGUUUUCAAGUUGUUGGAUGCACAACCUAAUUUAUCCACCUUAUUUGUUAACAUCCUCUAGCAAUUACUUUCAGCUACUUCAAAUUUACAACUUGAUACAAUUUUUCCUUGGCAUUAUGUGGUUUGCCGGACCAUGAUUUAAGAGUGCCAUCUAUUGCAACUUUCUUGUAAUGACUAAAAUCUGUAGACUUCCACUAUCCUGAUAGUCCCAGCUAAUAAAAACUGUUAAAAAUGCUUUCUCUGCUUAGUGAGAAAAAGCUCUAAAAGAAUUUAACUGUUUCAACCGCUUUAAUUAACACACCAGCUAUAUGCUAGGCACUGCUUUAAGUGGCUAUGGCCUUCAAUGACCAUUUUAAAAAGGCUGGUAAUGUUUUAUAGUAUCCCUAGCUUUCCAACAGGCCCAGAGGCCAAGGUGAGACCAGGAUCCAAACUUCUGGAGCCCCAGUGCUGAUCAGGUCAUUUUCAGCCUCCACUGCUGAGUAAAGGCAAGUUUUCCCUCUGGCUAUUUCUCAACAUAAUUAAGGGACAAUUAAGGGUGCUUUACUGUGCACCCUUUCAGGACAUUCUUGAUUAGCAAUGCAAAAUCUUAGGCCAAACAAAAAAGGCUUGCCUCUCAGGCUACUUAAUUAAUCACAAUGAUUGCUAAUAUCAAGGGCCCUUCAGUGUUUUAAAGUUUUUGUAGAUCCAUCGAAGAAAUAGAUGCAUAAAAACAGGUGAAAAAAAUCAGUGUGAACUUUAGGAUUAGAUCAUGUUUUAAGUAAUCCUUUUCAAUGGCUGUAUUAAUAUGGAAGGGACUUCACCCCUUUCUCUACUGCAUCUACUUGUACCCUUUUUGAAAAUCCUCAGCUUUGUAAAAAACUGGUGCUAACGUAAAGGUGCUUUAUAGUUUACGAUUUUGCAGAACUGCAAUGCUAUGUCAGGCAGAAUAACGUUAAACCUUUUGUAAAAGCUCAAGGUUUUGAUAAAGGCAUAACUUUUCAAGCAUUUACAACUAGUGAUGAUAGCGGUACAGACAGUGCACACUUGCACAAGGGCUGAGAAAACGUGCAAUACAGGAGAGAAAAUUUAUCUUUACAGAAACUUCGCACAGGCCACCUUUAUAACGAAAGUAUAGUGCUGAUGCAAGCAACAUUUAUACUGAAAUUUUAAUAGACUGGAUCGGGAAACUACUUGGCUCAUAAAAUAUGCCUUGAUAAUAGCUAAUUUUUUUUUCUUGUUAAAUGUUAAGUGUGACCUUUAAAAGACACAAGUGUUCAGUGCACAUCUGUGUGAAUAAAGUGCUUAGCUGCUCA